AAUCCAAACCAAAUCUUGUACUUUGCACCAUUGUUCCCAACAACAAUGGCUUCCCCCAAGCUCUGCGCAAUCAUUUUCGUCCUCUCUCUCCUUGCCCACUCAACAUUCACCAAUGCCCACAACAAGCCUCCGUGCCCGACACCGAAGCCCACUCCGACACCGCCAACCCCAAAGCCCUCUCCGACACCGCCGCCCUCUCCGACACCGCCGACGCCAGCGAUGAUGGAUAAAUGCCCCAAGGAUACGCUGAAGCUGUCGCUGUGUGCGGACGUUCUGGGACUGGUUCACGUUGUGGUCGGAACUCCUUUGUCGGAGAAAUGUUGUGCAUUGCUGGAUGGAUUGGUGGACUUGGAAGCAGCGCUUUGUCUGUGCACAGUGAUUAAGGCCAACUUGCUUGGAAUCAACUUGAAUGUCCCAGUCGCUCUCAGCUUAAUCCUUAGUGCUUGUCAGAAAACGGUUCCUCCUGGUUUCCAAUGUCCUUAGAAUAGGAAGAAGAUCAUCGCACGUACGUAGGUCAGCUACUGUUUUGUCCGCUCUAUAGAGGUUUGUGUCUGUGUAUUGUGUGUUUUAAUUUAAAAACUCGCUCGUGCCUGCCUGCUAGCUCUCACAGUUUUAAGCGUGAAAGUGAAGACUAUUUUGAGUAAAUUUUGGUCAUUUACAUGUUAAUUAACUAACAUGAAUGACUAAAAUUCGUUAAAAAUCAUUAUCUUCGAUAUUGAAUAUGAAAUUUAAAUGCUUCACGUCGAUUUGUUAAUUAUAUGAUCAGAAUUUAUUUAAAAUUAGUCAUUUUCACGCUUAAAAGGGGAAAAAAAAUCCGAACUUCGUUUGUGUGUCUCUGUUUAUACUCAUGUUGUUGCUAUUUGUGAAAGUAUCUUAUUGUUUGUCUUAAGUUAUAUCGGGCGAGCCUGUUGGCCUUGAUUUGUACCCUCCAAUCGUCAUUUCUAGCUGAAUAUGAUAUAUAUGUCUUUUAUUUGUUUCAUCAGUAGUAGCCCUCGAUAUUGUUAUUAUUA